AUGUUGGAGCUCGGAUUGAUCCAGGGCUCACUCCUCAAGAAGGUUAUCGAGUCCAUCAAGGACCUCGUCACCAACGCCAACUUCGACUGCUCCGCCACCGGCUUCUCCCUCCAGGCCAUGGACUCCUGCCUGGUCGCCCUUGUCGCUUUUCUUCUCAGAGCUGAAGGCUUCGAGCACUUCCGCUGCGACCGGAGCAUCUCCAUGGGGAUGAACCUGAAUAACAUGUCCAACUUGCUCAAGUGCUCCGGCAACGAUGAUAUCAUCACCAUCAGGGCUGACGACGGGAGCGAUACUGUCACCUUCAUGUUUGAGAGCCCCACACAAGAUGAGUUUUCUAAUAUUGAGAUGAACCUGAUGGACAUCGACAGUGAGCACCUUGGAAUUCCAGACUCAGAAUACCAUGCUAUUAUUACUAUGCCUUCUGCUAGGUUUGCCAGGAUUUGCAAAGACCUCAGCCCCAUUGGUGACACUGUUGAAAUAUCUAUGACAAAGGAAGGUGUCAAGUUCUCUACAAAAGGGGAUAUCGGCGCUGUUGAUAAGCUCUGUAGGCAGAACACUAGUGUUGACAAGCCUGAAGAAGCUAUAAUCAUAGAGAUGACUGAGCCAGUAACAUUGAGAUUUGGUUUGAGGUACAUGAACUCCAUCACAAAAGCAUCCACCUUGUCAAACACAGUUACUAUCAGCCUCCAUUCGCAACUGCCUCUUGCGAUUGAGUACAAGAUUGCUGAGAUGGGCUACAUAAGGUUCUACAUGGCUCCAAGGGUAGAAGACGAUGAGGAGACAAUGCCUCGAGUUUGA